UUUAUUUUUGUGCCGAGCUUGUAAUCAAGAGCAGCGUGCGCUCAGAAGCAUCUCUUUCAGACGUUCGACGGCCUGGAACUGCGCGGGCAGGCGAACGUAGUCUUCCGUCAUUUUCGCCAACUGACUGAGCGACUUGGGGUCGCUCGUGUCUAGUUUAAAAUCUCCUGCGGGAGGAGGGGGAGUAAGACGCAGAUAGAAUGGAGGAUGAUCCAACAUGGCCAUCCAGCUCAGAACCCUGGAAUGGGUCAGGUAAGAACAAGCGCACAAAUCCACGACUUCGUUGAUGAAUUGGAGUAGGUUAGUGCUACCCGCCGCCAUUGUAUGCACGCCAGUACCCAAGCUUAGUAUGCUGUCUAUCUUUCUCGCUGGCCAUAGUUGGUGGGCUUCAAAGAUGGCGAACUCCGUUGGGUUGUUAGCAAUCAGUCCUCCGUCGAUGAAACUGUGUUCAUUUAUAGCUAUCGGAGGAAAAUACAUGGGCGCUGCAGAAGUAGCGCACAUCGCGAGAGAUGUUUUUACAUCGCAUGUUCCAUUCAGCGAAGAAGACGGAUUGACGUAACUUCGAAAAAGGUAAGGAUAAAGUUGGUCGUUUGUCGCGUCGCACGACACAACAAAAAAUUUUUGACAGGACGUCUUCAGAGGGGGAUCUACGCCCAGCUCGUUUGAUAUGAAAUCCUGCAACACCUUCGAAGAAUAGUAUCCGCCCGUUCUAAAGUACCUCCACCAUCCAAGGAAUGAGUGACCGAAAAUCGAUCUGCCAAGGUUCAAAUGAAAUUCUCUGGCUUCCUUCAAACUAAGCUUUUGAAGCACGAUGGCCAAUAUUCCACCAAUGCUGGUCCCUGCAACCAAAUCGAAUAAAGACAUCAAUUUUCUGGUUCCAUCCGCAUCGCUAUUACCAAACCACUUCUCUGCAAUAUGUGCUAGAAUUUCAAUUUCUACCAAUCCACGCAUGCCACCUCCAUCUAAACACAACAAAUUCACGCCCCUUGGUUCCACGGGCCCCUUCAUCCUUAUAACUCUCCUUAAGCACAACCCGUACUUAGAGUGAAAUAUCAACCCGCUCUUUUUUACCAUCCUCUCAAAAACCUUCCUGCAAAUCUGUUCCGCUUCUUCUUUUUCGCCAUUCAAAAAACCCUUACUCGGGCCCCCGCCAAUCACACACGAAUUCCUCAAGACCUCCGACAACUUUUCCACCUCGCAUCCUCCGUCCUUUUUUGAACAAAAGAAUGCCGCCAAAGACACCAAUCCCUCCAAUAUAGCCUGGUUCUGACCUGAUAACGACUCUAUCAACGAUCUUAUGCAUUCCUCCCCCUCUCCCUUCGCGAAUUUCUUGCAGUCUUCCCAAUGAUCCCUCAAUAGCUCCCAAGGAACCAAACCAUCAGGCAACGACCUCAAAAAAUUCAUCACAACCGCCAACCCUAACCUAACGUCCUUUCCCUCCUCCUGACCCCAAUAAAUCACCUCGCCAUUCCUAAUCCUACUCGCCGUCCUCUCUACGCUAUCCUUGUCCACCGCCUCCAAACCCACCCAAUCUUCUGCGCGACUGCUGCCUUCAAGCGCCCCUCUCGUCAGUCCCUUGUCUUCCGUCUAAAAACAAACUUCACGCACCUUCUUGAUACAAAUACUCAAAAACGUGACACAAAAAAGCCGGAAUCGACGCCGCCCCCUCCGCCUUCAAAGACCUCUCGAACUCCCUACGACUUCUCCAAACUGCCCCAACGUGUUAAUAACGCCACAAACACAAAAAAAAACAGAGGAAGAGACAUACCCCUUGGUAACAAAGGCAGCGCAUACAUCCUUCAAAGGCAUGCCUAACACCGACUCUCAAACUAUGAAAUUGCUCGCCCACGCAAAAACCCAUUGUGUCAUAACGUCCCUCCCCUCUAAAAAAAAAAAAAGUUUACAGACCCCCAAAAACACGUUUUUUCCACCAGACUUAAAACAUGCCCGACCCCCCAGGACCUAGCCCUAAUAAGACCGAUAUUUCCGGCACAACGGCCACUCACAUCCGAACAGUAUUUCAGUCCGCGUCAACCCAACUCAAUACUUCAAAAACGUGAUACACGUGUUCUUUUUUCACUCGUUUCCGAACGUCUUUCGCGCCCAAAACUAGCCCAUCUCUAACCGCAAAUUCGAAAAAAAAAAUUAUCCAUUUUUUGCAAAAACGCCACCCUCGCCACCUUCAGUCUUGUCUAUGACCUCCCCCGACCUCCUAUAUGUGGAAGAAACCCUGGUUUCAAAAAUGGAGGGCACAGAAGGCAAAAAAAUCCACAAACGAUGAUACAAAUCUCUCCGAAUCCAGAUCUAGACCUUCUUCCACUUAUAAAGGACUUGACUUUUAUGCAGACCAAGACAACCCUAAGUCUCCGUUAGGAGAUUUCCAAAAGAGCAAAACCGUCUCUCUACAAAUCCUCAAUAAAGAAAGAUUCGUAAUUCACUCAAACAUUGAAAACCUGAAGAAAAUUUUCAAAGAAUUUGAAAAUGACACCUUGUAUGACCCAACUUCAAAAUUGCGCUCAUUCGAACUUCGACAUAGAAAAACAUUAAUCGAACGGCUCGAGGCUCAAGGAUAUUUUGUCCAAGAUAUUCCCAGUGAAGUUCUGGACACUUUGCAGAAUGUCCGCCAUCAACCGAAUUCGAAAAAAUGCGUCAGUCUGACCAAAAUUCCAGAAGAAAUCCGAGAUGCUCUUCUACCUUUUCAAGUUCGAGGCGUCUGCUUCACCAUUCACAACCAAGGAAGAGCACUCAUAUGCGAUGAAAUGGGUCUGGGCAAAACGAUUCAAGCCAUCGCUGUUGCCAUGUAUUAUUUAGAAGAAUGGCCUCUGUUGGUCAUUGCUCCUUCGUCAUUGAAAAAUCAAUGGGCGUCUGAAUUCGAACGGUGGAUUCCAAAGCUCCAACUUCAUAUCAAUGUCGUUUCUACCGCCAAACAUUGGCGUCUAUCAAAAAUCAACAUCAUAUCCUACGACCUCGCCAAGGCCCUCUAUCAAGAGAUCAGAGAAGCACAAUUCAAAAUCAUCAUUUGCGACGAAUCGCAUUAUUUGAAAAGUGUCAAUGCCAGCAGAACCAAAAUGCUUGUACCUAUACUACAAGCAACCAGACGACUUAUUAUGCUAACUGGAACACCCGCUCUGUCUCGCCCCUGUGAGUUAUAUCCUCAGUUAGUCGCUCUCAAUUGCAGCAUCUUUCCCAGCUACCAUAGUUUUGGCCUCCGCUAUUGCGGUGCCUACCAAACCCCACAAGGAUGGGAUUACUCAGGAUCUUCUAACCUCCAUGAGCUUCAUACAAUAUUAAGGGAAACCAUCAUGAUUCGAAGACUCAAAGCCGAUGUAAUGACGGAAUUACCGCAAAAAAUCAGGAAAAUAGUUAAUAUCGACGUGGGAAAAGAUCAAAUUGAAAAAUUAAAACCUCUGCUGAGCAAUAUGUCCGCUCGUACAAUUCGUACAAUCCGAAAAGAUAAUGCCGACGAUAGCGGGCACAAUAUUCUUGCGCAGGUCUAUAAACAAACCGCAAAAGCCAAAAAGCAUGCCGUUAUUCAAUAUUUGACCACACUCAUAAAUGCCUUUUCAUGCAACUCAGAUCUUGUUCCAAUCAAUCAAAAGUUUCUCGUCUUUGCCCACCACGUUCAUAUGAUGGAUGCCAUCGAAGAGCUACUCCAAGACAAAAAAGUUCCAUACAUUCGUAUCGAUGGAUCAACGCCAAUUAAAGAGCGAUCUUCUCGAGUCGAUCGAUUCAAUCUAGAAAAAGGACCCUUCGUAGCAAUUCUUUCCCUUACCUGUGCCGGUACUGGCAUCAACAUGACAUCGGCAUCUUUAGUCUUAUUUUCGGAACUUCAUUGGACUCCAGGCACUCUUGUCCAAGCUGAAGAUCGCGUCCAUAGAAUCGGACAAAAAGCUAGUUUCGUCGAAAUUCGAUACCUACUAGCCAAGAACACCUUGGAUGAUGUCAUUUGGACUCUUAUCAGUAAGAAACUCGGUGUCGUUGGCUCCGCCCUCAAUGGCGUUCGAGACUAUCUGGAAAUAACACCAACCCAACAUGGUUCUCUAAGUCGCACUAUCUCUUAUUCGGCCAAUGCUGCAACUAACAGCAAAACAGAUGCAAAAAGGAAAAACACCAACAUCAAAAAUUCUGUUCAAGGACUCAGUCUCAACUUACUAGACAUGUUCGAAAAAAUGAAAAAAAAUUCGAACCCUCCUUCAGACGCCGAUCAUGAUAUAGAGGUCAUCUCGAGCGAUUGUGAAGAUAAUUCCUCUAGCGCUCCAACUUCCAGUCACAACCAUCUUUUAGCGAUUGAAUCCUAUUCGUUCUCGGAUCAAUUCAAUAGCCUCUGUUCUCCAACUCAACGCCAGACUCAGGUACGAAAUCAAACCUCCCCGCCCAGGUGUAACAAGACCGAACUUGAAAGCCCGGAACUACCUUCUUCGAGCAGCCGCCAUUCAGACUCUACGGAGUCUGAGUCAAUCGUUGUUUUGUCGGAUACAGAUGACAAUACUAUUAUAGCUCUGAAUCGAACGACAAGCCAUUGUUCUCUAGAAGAAGAACCUGUUCCUAAAAGAACCAAGUUGGAAUCAUGUACCCUUCAACCAUCGCGCUGUGACAUGAAUGUCUUUUGUGAUAAAGGAGAAAAGAUCGAAAAUGAUAUGAACACAGACAGCGAAUGGUCAAUUGAUGAGGAAUGUUUCAAUACGCCUCCAUCCCAACAGCUGAAUCCAAUUGAACCAAAAACGUGGCCAACGUUUCAUGUCAGUCAGUUUCGAAUCCCGACUCACAAUUUAGAGGUUCCUUCAUUUAAACCGAACAGUGGCCCUCUGAAAUCCUGAUAGCUCGCGCCCUAAAAAACCAUACGUACAACAUGAGAAAAUAAGUUUUAAGCACGUUCAAGAAUGUCUAGCCCGAGUUUUCGAAAUCCAGCAGAGGUUUGUUUUCGUCAACUGCCUGUUAUGACGGGCGCAUAAAACAGAAAUGCUCUGAAAUUAAUGGCAAACUGACAUCAAUAUCAGAGUCAGUUCUUAAAUUUUUGUAUAUUUUGACAUGUCUUGAAAUUUUUGUGUUACAAAUAAAAACAUCUUUUC